CCUAUAUUUAUAACUUUCGGAGACGGAUCGAGGUCAGCGAGUCACCUUCGGAUGGUUUUACUUUUGGUAAUUUAUUCGAAUCUUUUCUUCCGUAAUUCGUUCGUUCCUCGUCUCUUAGCGUUGCUGUUUUCUACAUAUAUCUGUACACAGGCGAACUCCAUUUUCAAACCGAACUAGCUGGGUACUCAGUAGCGUACUUCGAAUUUCAAUAUUUCCCCUUGCCAUCCCAACACCAGCCCUGAUGGCUACGAACAACGACAAGGGCCAAUCGCCCGGCCUAGGACGCCUAGAUCUCGUGUGGACAUUACUACCACAGAUACCUCUGGUCAUCAAGAUCAUCCUCCUCCACAUCUUGGGGAGGUCAGAGAGCGCCAAGUAUCUAGAUCUGAGAAGCGACUUGAUCAUAUCGGUCGUGAGGUCGAUAUUCGAUGGGAAACCAAGACCCGUAUCGGUGACGCAGGCCAUGACGCUGCGAGACCCCGGUGUCAAGGGCAGGCUGUGGGUUAGCGCGGUGGCGUCCAAGGUCCCUCCCGAACAGGGGAUCCGCGAUGCGCUGCUCGCCGCGAUUAGUUCUUUAGGGAACCCGGAAGAGGAAGCCAAAAGAAACGCGGAGCCAUCGUUUAGGAUCCCGGACAUCGUGCCCGUCGAGGCCGAGUGGACGGGCCACAGGGCAGCGGCGACGAGGGACUCGCUGCCCCCGGCUAUCUCGGAGGAGGCGAAGUACGGCGAGCUGAUGAAGGAGGUCACGAACAAGACGACCAUCCUGUACUUCCACGGCGGCGCGUACUACCUCUGCGACCCGGCGACGCACCGCUCGCUCACGAAGCACCUCGCCAGGCUGACCGGCGGCCGCGUGUACUCGGUGCGCUACCGCCUGGCGCCCCAGAACCCGUUCCCGGCCGCGCUCCUCGACGCGCUCGUCUCCUACUUCACGCUGCUCUACCCGCCUCCGGGGGCCGUGCACGAGGCCGUCGCGCCGGAGAACAUCGUAUUCAGCGGCGACAGCGCGGGCGGGAACCUCUGCGUGGCGCUCCUGCAGACGCUGCUCGAGCUGAGGCGGCAGGGGCGAAAGGUCGCUUGGUUCGGUGUGGAUCGCGAGGUUGUUCUGCCCGCCGCGCUCGCCCUCAGCUCGCCCUGGGUCGACCUCACGCAGAGCAUGCCGUCGUGGGAGCGGAACCAGCGGUGGUGCUACCUCGCGAGCCCGCGGCUGCUCGCGGAGGAGAAAGAGGAGGGGGGUCACCGCAAACAGCAGCGACCGCCGCCCGACGACAUCUGGCCCGCGAACCCGCCGCGCAGACACCUCUACGCCGACGACGCGUACCUCCUGCACCCGCUGGCCAGCCUGCAGAUGUGCGGCCCCGGGGCCUGGGAGGGCAGCCCCCCCGUCUACGUCUCCUGCGGCUGGGAGUGCAUCGCGGACGAGAUCAAGUACCUCGCUUCGAGGAUGGCAAGAGAUGGGGUCACGGUCGUGUUCGAGGAGUACGAGGCUAUGCCGCAUGUUUUCUCUAGCAUACUGCCCCGAAGGCCGGAGGCGAAAAGGUGCUUGGAUAGGUGGGGUGCUUUUAUGAGGGCUGUUGCUGGAGGGGGAGGGGAAGGGGAAGGGGAAGGAGAGAUAAAGUCUUCGUGGAAGACGAUCAAGGCGAAGACAUUGGAGGAGGUCGAUAUUGAUGUCGAUACGCUGACGCCGUUCACGGAGGAGGAUGUAAGAAGGUUGGCGCUGCUGAAGGUGUUGGGGCGGGAGAAGAAGAAGAAGAUGCCGCUGGUUGAUGUGCCGGCGAAGUUGUGAGUUGUAUAAUGUAGGAUAUAUAUGGAUGGUUUAUAGCGAUGGCUUUUUUUUUUCUUUUCUUUUUUUUCUUUUUUUUUUCAAAAGGGAGUUUCGCUUUUACUUGCAUCAGGACAUAUAUA